AGUUUCCAAACACGCACACUAAGCACACCCAAACAGGAUAGCCAGAGUCCGAUUUGGCUUUUGCAUAAGCAGCGCGGAGAGAGACGCCCAGAGAGAAGCAGCCAUAUCUGCUAAAAUUCUUCUUCCAUUUCAUUACCACCCACCUUAUACAUACAUAUCUCAUCAACCCUAGUUUAUCGAUACAUAUAUAUAUAUACAGAGAGGGGGUGCAAUACUUUGAGAGGGUUUCGCGCAAACCCUAGACCACCAAAAGAAGGAGAAGGCGGAUCCUCUUCAGAGGGGACAAACCAAAUCUAAGCGAAGAUGAGGAUUAUGAUAAAGGGUGGGGUGUGGAAGAACACCGAAGAUGAGAUCCUGAAGGCGGCUGUCAUGAAGUAUGGCAAGAAUCAGUGGGCUCGAAUCUCUUCCCUCCUCGUUCGCAAGUCCGCCAAGCAGUGCAAGGCUCGCUGGUACGAGUGGCUCGAUCCUUCUAUCAAAAAGACUGAGUGGACCAGAGAAGAAGAUGAGAAAUUGCUUCAUCUUGCUAAGCUUAUGCCUACACAAUGGAGGACAAUUGCCCCGAUCGUGGGUCGUACUCCAUCUCAAUGCCUUGAGCGUUAUGAGAAACUCCUUGAUGCAGCCUGUGCUAAGGAUGAUAACUAUGAAGCGGGUGAUGAUCCACGGAAAUUGCGUCCUGGAGAGAUUGAUCCCAACCCAGAAUCAAAGCCUGCACGUCCAGAUCCUGUUGAUAUGGAUGAGGAUGAGAAGGAAAUGCUUUCAGAAGCACGAGCUCGGUUAGCCAACACCAGGGGCAAGAAAGCAAAAAGGAAAGCCAGGGAGAAGCAGCUUGAAGAGGCUAGGAGGCUUGCUUCUUUGCAGAAAAGGAGAGAACUGAAGGCAGCUGGAAUUCAAACCAGGCAAAGGAAGAGGAAGAGGAAGGGGAUUGACUAUAAUGCUGAAAUCCCUUUUGAGAAGAAGCCUCCUCCAGGCUUUUUUGAUGUCACUGAUGAAGAUCAAACAGUGGAACAGCCUAAGUUCCCUACUACCAUUGAAGAACUUGAGGGUGAAAAAAGAACUGAUAAGGAAGCACGAUUGAGAAAGCAGGAUAUUGCAAGGAAUAAAAUUGCACAGAGGCAGGAUGCCCCAUCAGCAAUACUGCAAGCGAACAAACUUAAUGAUCCAGAAACAGUUCGGAAGAGGUCAAAACUGAUGCUUCCUUCACCACAGAUUUCGGACCAUGAAUUGGAGGAAAUUGCAAAGAUGGGUUAUGCUAGUGAUCUACUUGCAGGGAGUGACGAACUCACAGAAGGGAGUGGUGCAACACGUGCCCUUCUUGCAAAUUAUUCCCAGACACCACGGCAAGGAAUGACCCCGCUGCGAACUCCUCAGAGAACACCUGCAGGUAAGGGUGAUGCUAUUAUGAUGGAAGCAGAAAACCUGGCCAGGAUGAGAGAAUCCCAGACACCAUUACUAGGAGGAGAAAAUCCAGAAUUGCAUCCUUCAGAUUUUUCUGGGGUCACUCCUAAGAAAAAGGAGAUCCAAACACCAAACCCGAUGUUGACUCCUUCAGCAACUCCUGGAGGUGCUGCAGGCAUGACACCAAAACUUGGCAUGACCCCAAGACUUGGCAUGACCCCAUCAAGGGAUGGCUAUUCUUUUAGUAUGACUCCAAAAGGAACUCCUGUAAGGGAUGAGCUUCACAUUAAUGAGGAAAUGGAAAUGCAUGAUAGUGCUAAACUUGAGCUCCGAAGGCAAGCUGAUUUGAGAAGGAACUUGCGCUCUGGUUUGAGCAACCUUCCUCAGCCCAAGAACGAGUACCAGGUAGUUAUCCAACCAGUCCCUGAAGAUAAUGAAGAACCAGAGGAGAAGAUUGAGGAAGACAUGUCUGACAGGAUAGCUAGAGAAAGAGCUGAGGAAGAAGCGAGGCUACAAGCAUUACUUAAGAAGAGAUCAAAAGUGCUGCAGAGGGAGCUCCCUAGACCUCCUGCCGCGUCACUGGAACUUAUUAAAGAUUCUUUGAUAAGAGCUGAUGAAGACAAAAGCUCCUUUGUUCCUCCCACUUUGAUUGAGCAGGCUGAUGAAAUGAUAAGGAAAGAGCUUGUAUCCCUACUAGACCAUGAUAAUGCAAAAUAUCCACUCAAAGAAAAAAUGGAGAAGCAGAAAAAGAAAGCAAAUGGAAAAUCUGGUUUUGUCCCUGAGAUUGAAGACUUUGAAGAAGAUGAGCUGAAGGAGGCUGAUUAUUUGAUUGAGGAAGAAUGUCAGUUUCUUCGUGUGACAAUGGGGCAUGAGAAUGAGUCCCUUGAUGAAUUUGUUGAAGCACAUAAAACAUGUUUAAAUGAUAUCAUGUAUUUCCCUACUCGUAAUGGUUAUGGUCUAUCUAGUGUUGCCGGAAACAUGGAGAAACUUGCUGCCUUGCAGAAUGAAUUUGAGAAUGUAAAGAAAAGGAUGGAUGAUGAUACUAAGAAGGCACAACGCCUUGAGCAGAAGAUAAAACUUCUUACUAAUGGAUAUCAGAUGCGAGCUGGAAAGCUUUGGUCACAAAUCGAGGCAACCUUCAAGCAGACAGACACUGCGGGAACAGAACUUGAGUGCUUCCAAGCCUUACAAAAACAAGAGCAGCUAGCUGCAUCGCACAGGAUCAAUGGCCUCUGGGAAGAAGUUCAAAAGCAGAAGGUGCUUGAGCAAACCUUGCAGAAACGCUAUGGAGAUCUUACAUCAGAGCAAGAAAGAAUCCAAAGCCUCAUGGAUGCUUACAGACUACAAGAAGAGGUUGCAGCAAAAAAUCGUGCUCUUGAGCUGGCCAAUGCUGCAACAAACGAAACUGUUCCAAUCUCUAAAACUCCUGAGCCUGUUGUUGCCACAGAUGAGCUUGGGAACUCAAUGAUGGUUGACCAAUCUUGUGAUGAAAUUCGAAGCCAAGAAAUGGAUACUGAUAAAAUGCAAACUCAUGCCACCCAAAAAUGCUCCUUCAUCUGACGACAUGCCUGCCUACUGCCGAGUUUGCAAGAGCAGAAGGUAAUAGCUAUGAAGGUUCUGUUUCUGCCGAUACUACUGGGCUUAACAGUGUGGAUGAAAAUCACUCUAGUGACGCUCCAGUUCAGAAUUCUCCUGUCAAAUUUGAUUCUAACUCUGUCCUUGCUGAUGGAGAAGAUAUUAAGAUGGUUGAUGACAACUCUGUCAAUGCCACCGUUAGUGAGAAUUUAGUUAGUGUAGAAGUUGCUGAGGAGGAUUUAGUAACUAAGAGCCAGCAGAAUGUCCUAGAAGACAAAACGGAGGAUGAUACUGUCCGAGAAACAGGUGAAGAUGGCCGUCCUAAUGAGAAGGAUAUGCAAGAUUCUAGCAAUGUGGAGGAUGGUGUAAACUUGCAAGAUGCAUAAAAAUCUUGAUGUCAAUAAUCACAGUAACCUUUGGGAGCCCUGAUGAAACCACCUUGUCUAAGUGUGCUUGCUUCUUGUUGACGUGCUGAUUGAGGAGGCGGUUUGGAAUUACCAUUUAUAAUCUGUUGCACUCUGUUUAUUUUUGCCAAUUACGUAAUACAAGAAUGAGGAAGGACGCCUUCGCUGAUCUGGUUUGGAGAUACAUUUCUUCACUUGUAUUUCUGGAAAGAAAAGAGAAGAAACA